CAUGAAUAAUAAAUCUUGUCACAUUUUAUCAUAUUGAGAUAAUUUACUAGCCACCAGCAUCUAUAGUAUAUCUAUAUAUAUUCAAUCAACAUGAGCAACCGGGGUACCGCACAGCCCGAAGGCGGGAAGGCCAGUCAGCAAGGUGGUAGAAACACCAGUUCCGGCUCUUUCUCCGGUCCCGAUUUCAAUAACCUCUACGAUCAAAAGAGACCCACAGAUAAGGAGGCCAUCAAAAGACGCGAGAGCAUAUCAGAUCAGUACAACACCGGGUCUGUAGGCAAGAUGUGGAAACGUUGGGUUUCUGGCACUGUUGGUGAAACAAGGCCUUGAAUAUUUCUUCCGGUCGAUAUGCAGUAGCCACGGAGCGCUGAUUGUGUAUACAAGAGAUGGUGUAUCAUUGCUGCUUGGCUGGUCGCUUGGCUGGCCGGACAUUAGAGCCGGACAGAGUUAAUUCUAUACUUAUUGCGCGGCGUUGAAUACUAUUUUUUGGUAAAACAUCUAUUAUACGUAUGAGUUAAGGUGGUGAUAAAUAGUGUUGAGUUGGCAUUACCAAUUAUAAUCGCCAUUGCUAUACCUAUCUGUAUACCGUUUCUUUUGGCUUGUGAUCACCUCCUUUUUACCUGGUUAUUCGAAAGAAUAGUGUCCGCC